CUCCCUCGCGUGACCGGCGCGUGGCGCUGGCGGGCGACGCGGGGCUCGCUCUGUGGGGGGAAGAUGGGCGGGGGGGCCGCGCUGUUCUACGGGGCGCUGGCGGCGCUGGCGCUGCUGGGCGUGCGGGACGUGCUCUUCCUGCACGAGGAGAACCGUUGCAGCAUGACGUACAUGUACGAGUACCCCGAGUAUCUGAAAAUAAAACUACCUAAGAAAAUAUCCAGACGCUAUCCAACCUAUGAGCUCUAUCUCUAUGGUGAAGGGAAUUAUGCAGAAGAAAACAAAAAUCUGAUAUUGACAGGAAUUCCAGUUCUUUUCCUUCCUGGGAAUGGUGGGAGUUACAAACAAGUGCGUUCUCUUGGCUCUAUAGCACUUAGAAAAGCAGAAGACAUUGACUUCAAGUACCACUUCAAUUUCUAUACUGUCAAUUUUAACGAGGAAUUGGUUGCACUCUAUGGUGGUAGUCUGCAAAGACAAACUAGAUUUGUGCAUGAGUGCAUUAAAGUAAUUCUUAAGCUGUACAAGGACCAAGAAUAUGCACCAAAAAGUGUUGUGAUAGUAGGUCAUUCCAUGGGUGGUCUUGUUGCAAGAGCAUUGCUCACGCUAAAGAAUUUUAAGCCUGAACUUAUAAACCUUCUCAUUACACAAGCUACGCCUCAUGUUGCACCUGUAAUGCCUUUAGACAAAUAUCUUACUGAUUUUUAUACAGCUGUAAACAAUCAUUGGAUUUUAAAGGCCCAAGAUGUAAGAAAUCUAACUACCCUUUCUGUGGCUGGAGGAUUUAGAGAUUACCAAGUUCGUUCAGGACUUGCUUUUCUGCCUGGAUUAAGUCAACAUAGCAGUGCCUUAUUUGUUGUGAGCUCAGCAGUGCCUAGAACUUGGGUCUCAACAGACCACCUCUCCAUAGUAUGGUGCAAAGAAUUGAUCUUGGCUACAAUUAGGGCAUUUUUUGAUCUUAUUGAUGAAAACACCAAACAGAUAACUGAGGAUCCAAAGAAGAGAAUGUUAGUAUUGAAUCACCACUUUGUGAGGUACCCAGCAAAGUUCUUUGAGGAAGAUCCUGAAACAUUUACUGAACUUAAAGGAACUUUGAUUUGGAUUAAAAUUGAAUCCUCAAAAUGGACCUAUAAAGUUUACAAUGAAUCAGAUGGAAAAUAUUUCAUGUUUCCUCUUUCAAACCAUAGAAAAACCUACAGUCAUGUCCAUUGUCAAAGCAGUAUGAUGGAUACAAAUAGCUGGAUUUAUGGAUGUUUAAACAGUAGUUCAUCUAUGUGCUGGGAAGGUUUUGAUUUAUCCUGGAAAGCUGAGUUGCUGCCAACUGUUAAGGUUGUAACUCUGAAGCUUCAGGAAUAUCCUUCUUUGUCUAAUCUUGUCAUUUAUGUACCAGCUAUUAAUGGCAAUAAGUUUACUUUGGACUGUGAAUUCUUUAAAGAGGAUUCCCGAACAGUACAACUCCCGGUAACACAUCUUUUUUCUUUUGGGCUCUCUUCAAGCAAAACUGUAUUAAAUUCAACUGGUUUGAUUUACAAUGUGCAACUCCAGCACUUUGACCAGAUAUACCAAGCUUUUAAAAUCUACAUUGAGAGUCACUGUCACCCACGCAAAGAAAGGAAAACUAGUGUUUACAGACUUCAUAUACCAUGGUCACAUGAAGACUCAAUAACUGUCUCUAAAGUUCCAUCUUUUACAGAGAUUUCUGCAAAACUACAUAUUGCACAGCCUGAAAAUGACAGCACCGUUGCAGUAUUAAAUAUUUAUUCAUCUUCAGAUUGUCAAUACGAAGUAACCAUCAAGACCUCAUUCUCACAAGUUCUUGGGCAAGUAAUAAGGUUUCAUAGUGCUUCCCUGCCCGUGUACAUAAUUUCUAAUGUACUUCUUGCAUAUGGAGGACAAUUAAGCACCUUACUUUCAACAGGCCAAUGUUCAGAUUUUGUUCUUGCACUGGCGAAAGCAGCCAAACCUUACAAAGUGGAUCCUAUUGUGAAUAUUGUUAAAUUUCUAUUGGGGUUUAACUGGUUUAAAGACCUAUGGAAUGUAUUGUUUUUGCCAGAGUUGGAUGCUGUUGUAUUGAAUAAGCAGGAUAUGUGGUUCCCUCUUGUGUCCUUGAUUCUAUUUCUUUUUGGGACUGGAAUUGCCUACUGGGGUGGUAUAUUCUUUUCUUCAGUUCUAAGGCUCCUGUCUUCAUUGUGGUUAUCUUUGACAAGACCCCCUGGACUUCCUAAAGACAGCAAGUUGAUGACUCUAAGAAGAGUAUUUGUGGCCAUUCUUCUCGUUUUUGUUAGCUGGACUACUUGUGGGGCAUUUGCUAUAUUAAUUAUUUAUCUUCACUACAUGUUCAAGAUUGUUAAGCUACAUUUGAAUGUAAGAAUAGAGCAAAAUGUUCUUAAUAUGGGUCAGAAGCACUCAAAAGAAACGUCAUAUAAUUCCAAAAAUAAGACAGUAAAGAACUGUGAUUCAGCAGAGAUCAGUCCAGAAGCAUCAUCAGCAACGCCCACCACCACUCAAGCUAUUGAUAAUGUUGUAAACAGUCUUAAAAUACAUAUUACAAUCAUCAAUUUACUCACAUGGAUUGUGCUACUCAGUUUACCGUCUUUAAUUUAUUGGUUUAAAAAUCUCAGAUACAGUAUUAGACUUGAUCCUGAUCCAUGCAGAACUACGGCUAUUAUUCUUGUUUCCACUUCGGGAAUUCUUAUGAAUUCAAGUACUGUUAAAAUAAAAUCAAGUAAACUGUCGAAAAUUGCAGCUCAAGUUCCUCUUCCUUUAUCUGUAGCUGUGGUGGCCUUUGGACCAAUGCAUUUAUACAGAGUACCAUACUUUGUAAUCUUUUCUCUUCUUUUACAUGUGUUAUGUUGCAUUGUAUAAACCUUUAGUUUCCCAAAUGAAAGUGGAAAAGCUGUGUAGCUCAGAAAUGGAUGCUGGAAAAAAUGCAAAGUUGGACAAAGUAAUGUCCAGAUCAGUGUAACAGCAAAUCAAAAUCAUUUGGAGAAGAUGACACAGUUGUGAGCACUUCUUAUGAAGUUUGGGGUAUAUGGAAAUCUCAGAAACCUUCUUGUGAUAUUAGUGUACCAAUCUGAAAAAUUGAUAAAAGAAUUUCAGUAUGUUUCUGGACAUAAAAAUCUCAUUUCAUAUUAGCAUAACACUUCAGAGUUCUAGAUUUCAGGAGGCCGACCAUUCUGUAUCCACUGCAGACAUUUUGAUAUUUCUGUUGACAUUUGGUAUGAUAUUUCUGUUGUCAACUGAUUUUCUUUUGAACCUGUAUCUUUUUGUUGAUUAAAUUGUGAUGGGAAGAAUUCACAAAUGAUUGAAAGUGCACUGUGUCACAAACACUGAAUAGCCAAGAAUACUUUUAAUCACACUCACAAGCUGUCACAAUUUUCUUUUUUCCUGUAUCUAUACAAACUAGAAUGUAUUGUGUCUACUGAUAUGUUUUUUCUAACCAAUCAAAUAUUUUUAUCAGUGUCUAUGACACCUGUGUGAUUAUUGAAAGUGUUUUGGUGGCUUAUAAACUUUAUCUUUUGUGAGAGUGCUAAAACUAUAUAUACACUGUUGCCUUCCAUUCAGGAAGCAUAUCAUAGAUUCAUACACAAUUUUUGUAACGUUUUAAAACAAAACUGACACAUUCUGAACCUGUGCCAGAAUGCCAGUAAUAGUGGGAAAUGCUAUGAUGUGUUAAUCAGCCAUUUAAAGUCACAUCUGAGACUGUGUCUGCACAGCAGCAUUAUUUCAGAAUAAGUGACAUUGUUCUGAAAUAACAAAGAGCAUGUCUACACCGCAAGCCAUUAUCUCGAAAUAAUGGCAAGCUGAAAGACUUCUUACGCCAUCUCCUGCAACUCUCAUUCUAUGAGGAGUAAGGGAAGUCAAAGGAAGAGAGUUCUUCCUUUGACUUCCUGCAGUGUAGACGGUGCCACAAGCUGAAUUAAGUUAUUUCAAUUUAAGCUAUGUGAUUGAUGUAGCUGAAGUUGUGUAGCUUAUUCCGACUUUAGCUCUGCUGUGUAGAUGUAUUGCCACGAUCCUACAGUGACUGGCAUUAAAAUACCUAAGAUAAAUAUCUGUAAUGUGUGGUAAAUCACUCCCUUGGUGUAAGUGUUUUCAAACAAAAAUUGUCCACGAGGCAAAAAUGAUCUAUAAUAUUUGUAAUUCUGAUUAGUUGUUUCUAAACAGAGAUGAAUCAGUGUAUCUUAUCUCUUAUUUAUGUGUAUUUUAUCUAUCGCUAGUAUUUCUGAGGCACCUGUCACCUUAAUAUCAAAACACUAUUUGAUAGCUCUCUUUUUUUCUGAUCUUGUCUUAAUAUGAAUAGUUUGAGGAAAUUCAAUAACGAUAGUCAAGCUGUAGCAUAUGCUCCGUGCAACAGUAGAGCAUAAUAAAUUUUUUCUGUUGUAUUGCAUCAUUCUUGCCUGAAGUGCCUCAGCAAAUUCUGGCUUGUUUUUAAGAAUCAUUUAGUUGAGCUGGACUUUUCAACUGAAAGUGUGAAGUGACAUGACAUUCUGCAGUACUUUACUGUUUGUCAGCUCAUAAAGAAACCAGCAGUCCAAACUAGCAGUGAACCCAUAUGACCGCUUUAAAUAUGAAUAAGAAAACAGUAGCUAAAAGUGUUACUGUUAUCUGUAAUGUAUAUGUUGAUUUUCUAAUCUUAACAUUUAUAUAAUGCUAGACUAUUCUUAAUUUUUGUAAGUCAGAAAACGUCUUUGAACAAACUAUGCUCUGGAAUCUGCCCAAAUGUAUGCUACAGUAUAUAUGUACGUGACACAAAUACUCAUAGUGUGCUGUAUGUAUUUGUAUCCAAAUUAUUUAGUCCUUUACCCUAAAACCUCAUAUUCAAAUAGGGAAUAGAGUAAUAGUAUUUCUAGUUUAGGAUAAUUGUGUAACUUGAGAGAGAGAAUAGCAGAGCCAUGUAGAGUUUUCUGUAAGCCAUUUCAAUCAAGUGACAGCUAUUUAUCCUAGGUUGGUCUUCCUUGCUGCAUAUUGUACGGUAUUUCUAUCAUAGAGACUGAUUUUUGCUACUUUGACUCUACACUAAGUAAUACUUUUAUUCUUAUUUAUGCUGUUGCAGCAGUUAGAUACCUAUAAAUAUUUACCUCCUGUUUGAACUUAGCCAAUUUAACUUCCAAAACUAUCUCUUUUAAGCCCUCAUCUGCUAGAUAAGAUAUCCCAUUGUGGUCAGACAGGCAUGUGGAAGUUCUCAUGGACUGUGAUUAUAUUGUCUCUUAACUUUCUUUUGAAUGAGCUAAAUAAAUUGAGCUCAUUUACUCUUAUUAUAAAAUGAGUUUUCCAGGCCAAAUCAUUCUUGCUAUCUUCACAUCACAUCAAGUUUUUCAAUGCCCUUUUAAAGAAUAGAUACCAAAAGUGGACACCGUAUUUCAACAAUGGUUUCACCAGUGCCUUAUAUAGAAGUCAAAAUCACCUCCCUUCCUGUUAGUAAAGCACUUCUAUGAAUGAGAAUAAAAUCCAUCUUUAUGCUUAUUUCUGUUUAUUAUGGCCGCCUGUGGGUACAUACAAAAUUUAUAAUUCAUAAACUAUCAUCUAAAUAGCAUAUAUUAAGAUAUUAUAAAAAUUACAAUAAAAUAUUACCCUAUUUUAAGUAAACCAUUCAUUAAAUAGCAACAGUAGACAUGUAUUUUUACUACACUGUCAGAUUUAACAUACUCGCUCUCUCAAAAUGAGAAUUCAUGAAAGUCAAACCCAGAAUGUUACUAUGUUUUUUCUAAGAUAAAAAUCUGAGCUGUUGCUAUCCCAAACCACCAUCAUAGGGAAUGGAUGAAACACCUUUCACAUUAAAUAGAAAUUACACUACUCUCUUACAUUUAUUAAAGUCUAUGCUUAUCGGGUAGUCAGCUAAUUGCUUACAUCCCUAAGUUUGUAUAAGGUAUGACAGGGAGAAACCAGAUGGCUACCAGAAAGUAAUAAAAGACAGAAAUAUUAGCCCUAGGCUGAACAAAUCCCUGUUGCCAUGGCAGCCAAACAGUCAUUACGCCAGUUAAUUAAGAUACCUUGUGACAAAGCUCCUAAUUUCACAUGGUGGGUCCUGCACUUCUGGGUAGCAGUAGGCUGAAUUUUAUCCCCAUCGGAGGAAAACGGUAGCUUCUUGGCUGAUUGCUCACCUCAGUGAUUCACUAUAGGCUCAGUCUAACUUGUAGUCUGAUUUAGCCACUUAUCAUUGGCACAUCAGGAGAAAAGGGAAGGGGCAAAAUCUCUUUGUCUGUAAUGGCUUCUCCAGACUUGAAGGCAACAGAGUAGAUUUCUUAUCUUGGUCUCUCCCCCUCUAGUAGGGGUUUUCCUCCCUCAGACUUCUGGAGAGUAACGGCUUUUUCUCAGUCAGCGCUCUCCCUGUUCCUCACCUCUGUACCCGAUAGCGGCUCUACAAUUCCUGAACUCCUACAGUACAUCCUUCUCACACCACUCCUGGCCUGCACCACUAAACAGACUAAAGGGGAAGCUUUUAACCAGUUUAAGCCAGUCUUUGUUUGGUUCCCAGUGUCCCAAUCAAACCUAACUGUCUCAACUGAGUUCCUUUUAAAGAUCCUAUGAUUUAGAAUGAGAGUCCCUGUAUUUAAAAUGGGGACAAGGGGUAAUCUUUUAAACCAGCACAAAUUUAAGUGCACCCUGUGUCAGGGAAUCCAGUUGACUUUAUGAAAAAUGGUAAAUAUAACUAUGAUCCUGGAUUAAUAUACUAUGUUUCAAUAUUUAUUAAACAAUUCUUAGUAUAUGAUAUGUGGAAUAUGUUUUAAAAUUUUUAAUUGGAUUCUGUUUCCAGUUUAUUCUUAUAAUUUAGGAUACAUUCUCCCCUCUUAUGGUCGGAUGAGAGCAAGCAGUCUGAAAACUGAGUUAUCUUGUGGUAUUUUAGGGGCAAUCUCUGUACUUGAGAUGAAGAUAGCUGUUGACAUAGAGGAGAAUUAAGGCCAAGGAAUUAGACUGUCCCAGGAAAAUCCUGUCCUGUAAUAGACUAGGGACUCUCACCUCCUUGACAGCAGAGACAGGGAGAAUCAAAACCAGGACAGGAACAAAAUUAAGUAAUUUUAAUUAACAUACUGUAGAAGCAACAUAUUGCAUAUGGGCUAUAACCAGAACUUUUAAAUAAGGUAUAACCAGAAUAAAUUCCAGUGUCCUCAACUGUUCUUGAUGUGAUGUUUUUUUCUUGUCAGUGACAUGCAUUUUUUUGCCUUAUUGUCUUGCUAUCCUGUAAUGAUUAGUAUUUGCUUUGUAGCUUCCAGUUCAUCAUGUGACCAUAGUGUGUGAUGCUGGAAAGAACUCAUACCAUCUCUGUUAUGAGCUGAGUUUUUUAAACUCAUGUACCUCAGAGUUGAAUGAAUAUUGACCACAAGUGUGGGAUCAUUUUUAUUCAAAACAAAACUGGAUUUCUGCCAGUUGAGUGUCAGCAUCAUCCUAAAUAGGGGUUGUGUGGGACAGUAGUUUAAUAAUAAUAAAAAAAAAGUAGCUGGAGUGUCAUUUUGAACUGUUUUUAAUAUGCAACAGUUCAAUUUUUAGUGUUUAGGGUACUGAUUCAAAUAGCAAGCUUUUUACAUGGCAAAAUGCAUGAUAUAGUAAAAAAAGGAUUGUGAAAUAAACUAAAAAAAAUCUAUAGUACACGGUAGGAAAAAUUGAGAGUGCUAAGUGAUAACAUAAAAUGGAAUAUCUGCUUGGGACUGAACAAAAUGUAAGUUAACCCAUCCAGACUACAGAUGAGCAGUCAUAUUAAAAGUUAUUGUUAAAAAAAAUUAGUCUUGAUAACAUCAGAUUUACGUAUUUUAUUUACAGGUUUAAAAAGUUACUGGUUAUAUUAGUACCAUCUUAAUACAAAGUCUGUUUUUCUGCCCCAUUGCCGGUAAUAAACAUCUCAAAUGCCAAGUGACAAUUCAUAAUAUUUGAUAUAUUUGCUUUCUAAAUUUUGACAGGAGAGUAUAAAUAUAGUUCUAGUGUCUGAACAGGUUUAAACGUUUAUGAAGAACAUAUCUGCUGAUCAGAUGUUUUAGUAAGAUGAAGCACUCCUUGUACAUUUGGACCUCAGUCUUACUUAGGAUGAGAGAAAAAGAGUCUAGCCAUGUUAUAGAUAUGAAAUCCUGCAGGUUAAUAGAACUGCAGUCUGCUUUUUUGAGUGUAUUUAUAUAAUAAUACUGCUGCUACUGUUAUAAAUUGUUAAACUACUAGAGAACUGUUAACUACAAAACAGCCUAAGAUCUUUAGAUUCAUUUUAUAUUUCAUGUUAAAUAUUAGCCAUUUUAUAUUUCAUGUUAAAUAGUAGACUUUUGUUCAGUUUUACAUCCCAUUUUUGGAAAAGAAGUGAGCUAGUUUUUAUAACACUUGAGCACUGUGUUGUAAACUGUUUUAAAAAGUUGAUUACUUUAGCAAAACAUGCACAUUUGCCACCAAAGUUAUAUAAAACCGUUAUAUACCUCUUGAUAUGUGUGCCAAUUAUCUACAUUUAACAAACAAAUCCAUACUGGACUAAACAAAAUCAAGUUUUUCUACUUAAUUUUUUUAAACUGGAACUUUAAGUAGCAUUCAAAAAGAAUGAGUAUUUAACCUUUUCAAUUGUAGUACUUUGAUAUAUUUUCUUAAUGAAAGAAUGCAAUUGAAGUUCGUAAUUUAAAGAGUUCUAUCUAUUUUAAAGUUUAAACUAAACAAAAUGUAUAAAGUUGUGCUUUGGAACAACCCUUACUAUGGUACUUCUGUUUUCUAUUAAUUUUCAAAUGUCUUUAGAAAAAAUUCAGCAGCCUUUAGACAAGCAUAUCUGCUUAGGCCCUCAAUUCUGUAAAGUACUCGUGUAUAUUACUUCCAGAAUUGAGGCCUAAAUAAGAACUCUGGUCCCUUUUUUGGAUUUAGACUUAUAUAGGUAGUCCUGACUCAUGAGUAAUCCUGCUUUACACUCUGAUCUUGCAUGCAUGUCUGCAUGGGCACAAGGCCUGACUGUGUGGCACUUCUUGCAGGAGCAGAACCAUAGAGGAUUUAUGCCAGUAAAGAUUUGCAAUAUUCUUCCCUAACCCCAAAGCAUAAUUGUGCAAACGCUAUUGAGCACUGUGUUCACAGUAAUAAAUGCUAUAACUAAUAUCUUAAGCGUACGCAGGAUUGGUACAUUAGAAUCAGUGUAUUAAAGCUUUGUGUGUUCAUCAAAAUACCAAUAAGAAUUUUUCUUUUUUCUCAAACUAGUGAGAAUUUCUGUAUUAUAAAUCUGAAAAAAUGUAUCCAGCAUUUUGAUUUUUUAUAUUAAGUUCUAUUGCAGCAUAUGAUAAUUAGCUAUUGUAUUUUGGUAGAAAUUCAAACUUUAAUAUUCUUUUAUGUAGCUGCAUUUUGAGAACAAUAUUGGAGAUACUUCACUAACUGACAACUAUAACAUUACAGCACUCUAUAAAUUAUAAAAAUUACAUAUAUAAGUAGAGUGCCUAACCAAACUGAAAAUGAAUUAUUUUCUUACUGUGAUUUAAAACACACAGUUUUGUGGGGCAAAACAAUGUGCCUUAAAAAACUAAAUGAAUGCACUGCAGUUCUAGCUGGUAAACAUCUGUAGCCUUUGAUUACAUUGUGAAACUCCGUUUGAAAUUGGACAAAGAAUUUUUUAAAAAUAUUGAUCAUAAAUGCAACUUGUUGGGGUUGCAGGAGAGAAAGAUGUUAAGUUUCUUAUUUUCCCUGUGUUAGCUAUGGCUUUCUCAGAGAUCUACACUAUUUUUAAAAUAAAACUAAUUUUUCUUUACAUUGGUCGCUUUGAAUUCAAACCUUAAAGUGAGGAAAUUCAGAAUAGUUGUUUACAUUAAUUCCUGAAUUCUUUCCAUUGUGAUAAAAUAGAUAACAAGAAAGAAUUAUAAGCCUCAGAAACAUGUCUUGUUUUUUGGGUCACAAUUCUAAUAUUUUAUAGAAAUGUCAUUAUAAGAAGAUUUUAUUUUCCCCUACAAACCUUACCUAUAUCUGUAGAGAACACAAAGCAUUGUACGCAGUUAAUAUCUGGGCCCAUUAACAAUGGUGGAAAUCACAAACAAUUUUGGAAUUUUUAUAAUUUCCAGAUGGCUUAAUUGACUUUGAUAAAAAAAAAUUCUGACAGUUUGAGAUCUUGUAUGGUCAAUUUAAACUCGGUGUGAAUGUUUUUGGUGGAGUUCACCCCUGCGGUUACAGAUUCAUAGAAAUAGUUGACAGGUCUUAACUAGUUCUGUGAAUGUUGAGGCUAUAAUCAGUUAUUGUUCUUUGAAAAAUCAAUUACAAUAAUUUUUAUAAACAUACUUUGUGUAAUAUAUGAUCAAUAUAAAUGUUUAGGGUCCGUGAAGUGUGGAAUAUUCCUUGGAAGAUAAGUAAGUAUCUUUCUGAAGUCAGUGAAAAGUCAUAGCUCGCAGCAUCUCGCAAAAUUGUUCUCUUGAAGACCAGUCCUUUUCCUAUUGAGAUCAGUGGGAGUUAGGGUUGAAUGGGAACUCACUUGGAACCUUCCUGUACCAUGUGAAGGGUCUAUUCUCUGUAGUAUAUAUUUCUAAUGUAAUUGUUACUUGUCUUUUCCACAAAAAUAUGCAUCACUUUGGAGUACUUUGUCCAGCAUAUAUGCUGUAUUAAAUACACAUCUUAUUUUUGUGUGUAAUUUUUGUAUGGUGUACUAACACUUGUAUUAAUAUACAUUGUUGUAAUUUACAAAAAGUGCCACUUAUUCAUCAUACUGUGUGUAGACUAGUGUAAAUGUUAUGUAUAUUUUUACUUCACAAAAAGCUGUUGGGCAUAGUGGUGAACAUUUGCCUUCUGUCUUUGCUCAGGUAUUAAUGUGGAUCUGUUUAGUGCUUUUUUUUUCUAAAUUGUAAUACUUGUACUCUUAAGUAUUCAGAAGGUAAAAUAAAAAGAAAACGGUGAACAAAAAAAGUUUGUGUUUUA